UUGAAUCUGGAGAAGGAAUGACGUACUUCGUGCCCAUCGUUGAUGGCUGUCCUUUGCAUCAGUCAACCUUCCAGGUGGAUGUAGCCGGCCAAGACCUAACCUUAUACCUCUGUCAACUCUUGGCGGACAAUGAGCACUUUUUGGUGGGCACAGCUGGCCGCGAGUGCAUCAGGGACGUGAAGGAGAAGUGUUGCUAUGUGGCUUUGGACUUCGACAAGGAAAAGAUGAAAACUGACUUGCCUUCCUGCCAACAGAAGUACCAGCUGCCUGACGGCCAGGAGAUCACCCUGGGGCAGGAGCGCUUCCUCUGCCCCGAGGUGCUCUUCCAGACGAACCUCGUAGGGAAAAACACCCUUGGCAUCCACAGGAUGGCCUUCCAGAGUGUCACCUCCUGCAGGCCCACCCUCUGGAACGUCCUCUUCAGCCACAUGCUAUUGUCUGGAGGGACUGGCACCUGCUCCGGCCUGUGCUUCCGGAUGCAGAGAGAACUAUCUGGCCUGGUGUCCCCUGAACUCACCGUGAAGGUGUCCACCUGCCAGUAUUCUGCCUACGGCGCUUGGAUGGGCGGUUCCAUCCUGUGCUCGCUGUCUACGUUCAAGGACUUGUGGGUCACCAGAAGUGAGUACGAGGACAUGGGCUCCUCUAUCAUCAGUAGAAGAAGCUUCUGAUUUGUGGCUUUGUGGACCCCAUGGCCUGUGCCGUCAACACCAGCUCCGGGCUGAGCCUCAGCCUGGCAAACUGAUCAGAGCUCAGGACCAACUCAGACGCAAGGGCCCUUCCAACCCCAG